GGAGACUUAGCAACAUCUGCUCUUGUCUGGAGUUCCCUGGACGAGAAUCUGUAUAAAAGGACGCAGCGCGAAGAAAACCUCAGAACACAGCACGCAGUUGAAGUUCAGAAUGGCUCGUAACGUAGCAGUGACCUCCCUUCUCGUGGCUCUGUGCCUCGUAGCAGCAGUUGCUGGACACAGAAGUUACGGUUCUGGUGGACAUAGACCUCUUGGUGUCCACAGCAGUGUCCAUUCAUCUGCUAGUAUCCACGGAGGUAGCGCUCAUGGCCUAGGACUCGCAGGCUCUGGCAUCCACGGCGCUGGAUCCUUCAACCCCACUCAUUUCCCUGGUCUUGUGCCUGGUUUCGGCUUCCACCUCAACCAACCCGCAUCCGGUUACAACAACUGCAAGUACUGGUGCAAGAGUACCUAUACUAAACAGUAUUACUGCUGCCAACAGUCUUAUUAUGGCUAGAUUCAUAGCUCAAUUCUGAACUACCAAUACUAUGGACGAACCAGUUUAUCUUUUAUGUUGACAAAAUUGUUUGCUGAUUCUCAAAUAAAGAAUAUGUAAUCAGA